AUGCAGUUCAAUCGCAUCUACAUUAUAGGUGCCCCCGGAGCCGGCAAAGGCUCUCUAUGCGCGAUGCUCUCAGCCGAUUACAACUACCACCACCUCUCCGUCGGCGAUCUCUUGCGCCACCUAGCCCGUUCAAACACUUUACGGCCCGACAUCAUGAGGAAAAUCCGGGGCAAUGACCUCCUCGACACCAGAGACCUGAUCCCCAUUCUCAAAAACGCUAUUGAAACCCUCCCCCCGGACAUCAAAGAGCGACUCCUGAUCGAUGGUAUUCCCCGCGUUCUUGGACAAGCGGGACCUGUUGAAGACGCUAUCGGAUCUCCGGACCUAGUCCUCUUCUUCAACUGUCCUGGGGCAGUUGCUAAAGAGAGAUUUCUCACUAGGAAGAUUCCGGGAAGGAAUGAUAAUUGGGUGGCGUUUAAUGUGCGGUAUGGGCACUAUUAUGCUGAGAAUGAGCGCAUUGUGGAGCAUUAUCGGGCUAGGGGGGUUCUUGUGGAGGUGGAUACGAGUGGUGAUUUUGAGGAAUCGUAUGAUAGGUUGUUGGAUGCCCUGAGGGCUAGGGGUGUGAUGGGUUGA